UUGGGUCAGCGUGUUGAAGUCUUGCGACAUCUGUGUACGUUACGUAGCCGGCGGCGUCAAACCCUUGAGCAAGGUCAGUGGCGCGUGCAUGAACCGCUGCCGUCAGCCGGCCGCGACCACAGCGCAGCAGAACGGGAGGAAAACACGUUGUAGAAACAACGACAGAGCGACUCCGUUCUUUAUCCCUCAAUAAGUCCGACUUUGAGUUGCCUCAGACAUGGCCAGAGGAAGCCGCAGCCGUCCCUCAGCUGCAGCCAGUCCAGCUAUAUCCCAUGCUCCGGCCCCCGCUCAUCCACCUCCCUCUGCGCUGGCCCCGGCUCCAGCUCAGUCCCAGGGUCCGGGCCUCAUGGCCCAGAUCGCUACCACAGCUGCUGGGGUGGCAGUCGGCUCGGCGAUGGGCCACGUCCUUGUCAGCGGCCUCUCAGGAUCAACUGGUGGAAGCAGCAAUGAACCAGCCAAGCCUACAAACCAGGAGCCGCCCCGGUCCAGCCCAGCCCAGCCCGGCCCGUGUCACUUUGAGGUCAAACAGUUCCUUGACUGUGCCACCAACCAGACAGACCUGAGUUUCUGUGAGGGCUUCAAUGAGGCGCUCAAACAGUGCAAGUUCUCCCGUGGUGUGACAUCACUGGUGUGAAUGAUGGGUCAUCGGCUGUCGUGAUGGACAUACUUCAAUGAAACAUACUGUAGACAUGAGCACAUAACACAAAAAUGUGAAUGGACAAGUGUGCUUGUCGGUUUUGUUUGACAACAAUGGAAUGUAUGAAAUGUUUUUUGGCAUGUACAGAGAUAAACCUUAAUAAAUAGCUGCUAUCUACUUUCACAUUA